AUGGCGAGUGCUUUUCUAUCCUCUGAAUUCGAUCCAGCAUUGUAUCUUCACUCCGAAGUAUCAAAUACCUUACUACAAUCCGAGCCGGAACUCACCUCAUUCUCCGACGAUAUAGAGGCAUUGCAGCAACGACGCUUGGAAAUUGCAGAAGAAAACCGUCGCAACGGAGUCGUGAUACAAAGUCGAUCUUGGAAAUUGUCAGACGUCUUUCGAAGUGAUGACGAUAGUCAACCAUUAACUCCGACUAAGUCAUCGAACCUCCCCAGUUUCAGUCAAGGCAUUAUUAUUGAGAAUUAUCUUCCGUCAACACCUCCCACGGAAAUGGCGCCCUACAUCUCCACACAGUCCACGAUCACUGCUAGUCCACCAUCGACAGAUUCACGAAAGAGAAAACUAGAUACACCAUUGUCGAUAGAGGAUGCAAAACGACCUAGGAUAUCUAAUGGUCCAGAUGUUGAAGAUAAUGCAAGUACAAGCAUUCCAAACACCCGAACACUGGGUGAAAACGAUGAUAAGGGCCCGCGAACAUUUGGCGGUUUUAUUGAUGAAGACGACGAUGAUGAAGAUGCGUUGGCAGAAUUCCAAAAUGGUGGCUACAUGUCAUAUCCAACCCAAGGCACGACAACCGGAGUUGAGACGGCGGCAUUGCAGCUGAACGCAUACAGUCAGAAAACACGGGGUCCAUUCACUGACGAUGACGACGAAGAUGAAGACGAAGACGCUAUGGAUACGUUGGAGGGUCUGUCUGCCAAUAACGAUGCAAACUUACUCCAAAUGAUGUCAAAACCCUCUGAGAUCGAGGCGUCACAGCCUGAGGCGACAACAGCAAAUAACGCCCCAGACUCUGUGGUGGGCACUGUCGACCCGGCUACUCCGACUACUGAGCGGAGAAGGCUUGUUACAAUUAGGACAUGCGCAGGACGAGCCCACCGAGUAUUUCCACGAAAGGCUACAAACGUGACGUCUUAUGAGAGACUUGUUGCGAGCCGCUCAAAGACCGCAGAAGGAAAAGCUCAACGAAGCUACUACGGCAUUGAAAUACAUAGGCUACUGGACGAUGCUGCCAGUGAGAUAAAAGAUGUCGCCAAAAGAAAAGAAGAACCAAUGCGUAUCGAGCGCUCCAUUGAAGCACCAAUUUAUGAAACAGCUGGAAAGAAGAAAUCCAACCCGAUGUGGACUGAAAAGUACCGUGCACGAAGAUUUGCAGAACUCAUUGGAGACGAGCGGACUCACAGGUCUGUCCUACGUUGGCUCAAAGGCUGGGACCAUAUCGUCUUUCCAGGUAUCGCAAAGUUGAAGUCUAAAAAUGGUGAAGAAGAGGGUGAAUUCGCACCUCGAAAGAUUCUCAUGUUGACUGGACCACCGGGUCUUGGUAAAACUACAUUAGCUCAUGUCUGCGCACAACAAGCUGGUUAUGAAGUUUUAGAAAUCAAUGCCAGUGAUGAGCGAAACAGGGAUAUUGUCAAGGGUCGUAUUCGCGACGCAGUCGGGACAGAAAAUGUGAAAAGCAUCAGUGCUGGAACCGAUUCAACCAAGAGUAGUAGAUCAGGCCGUCCUGUAUGCGUUGUCGUUGAUGAGGUCGAUGGUGUUGUCGGUGGAGCGGGUUCAGGUGGUGAGGGCGGUUUCAUCAAAGCCCUCAUCGAUCUAGUCAUGACGGACCAAAAGAACGCUGCCGCUCGUCCUAACCAAAACUCAUUCAGUGGAAAGAAGAGGAAAGGCGACAAUUUCCGCCUACUGCGGCCUAUUAUUUUGAUUUGCAACGAUGCAUAUCAUUCUAGCUUACGUCCCCUUCGCACUGCAAAUGUCGCCGAGGUGAUUCAUGUCCGACAUGUGCCGAUGGAGAAUGCAAUCCAGCGCCUAAAACUGAUAUUGACGAAAGAGAAUAUCCAAUUUGAUGCAGAUGGAGUUCGGAGACUUUGUGAAGCAUCGUGGGGAAUGAGUGCCAAGAAGGACCGUACUGAGAAGAAUCGAGGUGUUAGCGAGGGUGAUAUACGAAGUAUUUUGGUUUCAGCAGAGUGGGUAGCACGAAAGCUCCGGGCUGAAUCAGCGGCCACGCCUCGAUUGACAAAGAGCUGGCUAGAGGAGAAUAUUCUCAAUGACCCUGAAUCUGGUUCUCGAGGUCUAGGAAGAGGUGGUGUCCGUGAGAUUACCGAUCGUGUCUUUAUUGAAGGGGCAGGGUUUCCCGCCGCACCUGUUGGUGCGAAUGCAUUCAGUGACCCGUUUGACCAAGAACGAACCAAGACUCCCGUUGGUGUGGCAGAACUGCGGAGGCGACAUGCAUCUUCAAAACUGCGUGAGAUGAUUGAUGCGAGCGGCGAAUAUGAUCGAUGCGCCACGGACUGCUUCAUUGAGUAUCCCACUCGUACUUACCAAGACGACACAUUCCUCUCAAAGCCCAACGCUGCUUACGAUUGGCUUCAUUUCCACGAUAUGAUUUCAUCCAAAAUAUAUUCAAAUCAAGACUGGGAGCUGAAUCCAUACAUGAGCCAGUCAACACUCGCAUUUCAUCAUUUGUUCGCUGGGAAUGGCGGUUCAUCUAAUAAAAGAAAGUUUGAUGACGAUAAGAAUGAAGAAGAAGAGCAUCCAUUUUCCGGACCAAGAGCAGACUUCGCGGCGUUUGAGGCCAUGAAACAGAAUAAGUCGCUACUCGUCGGAUUUCAGUCAACUUUUUCUGCGCCUCUUUUGAGGCUGUUUCGCUCUGUUGACAGCAUCGCUAUGGACCUGGUGCCGAAUCUAAUGCGCAUGCUUUCCCCUGACGUGAGGCCUGUGAUUGUGAGAGGUAGUGAGCAGACUAGUAUUGCUAGCGUUAGGAAGGAGAGUGAGAGAGCUCUUGUCCGUGCCGCAGUAAGGGUAAUGUCCGGCUUCAAUGUGACAUUUGAGAAAAUUCGCAUUGGAAAUGAGGGUGCUCACGCAGGGUGGGCGUAUAGGAUGGAGCCACCAAUUGACACCCUUGUCGGCUUUUCAAAAACAAAAGGUACAAUACUUGAUACCGGUAGCUCGGCGCCUGUCCGCUACGCCAUUCGCCAAGUUCUCGACCAAGAAUAUCGCAAGGAAACGAUGCGGAAACAAGGCGAGGCGUUACUGGGGCUUCCGGGCCCCGGUAGCCAAUUGUCCAAAAACAAACAAUCGAAUUAUGGUGACGACAAGGAAAAUUCCAACAGUUCCCGGCCUAAGCUUAGCCCAGAUGCUGCUGGCGUCAAACGGGAUUUCUUCGGCAGAAUUAUCUGUAAUAACGAGAGUGCGCCUCCAUCCACGACGAGUAAUAAAGCGCGUCAACCCGGACAGAAACGCAACUCGAGUGGCAAUGAGCAUGACCGAAAGGUGUGGGUUACAUUUCAUGAGGGAUUUUCGAAUGCCGUGCGGAAACCUAUUACGAUAGCUGAAUUGUUGUCGGAGUUGUAA